GAACCACAAGCAUGAGCUUUUCCUAAAUAUAAAUUGGGGACCUUGCUAGCCUAAAUUUCAUCAAAUUCCCCUACUCCCAUUGAGAGACAGAGAGAGAGAGAGAUUGGUGUAAUGGAAGGUUCAUAUUUUUCCACUCUAACUGCUGUCAUGACCCUCAUUGUGUUUGCUACCUACAUGAACCAAUGCUUGGCAAGCAGACCAAUUCCCACAGAAACAAACACCCAAUUCAUCAAAACUUCAUGUGGUGCCACAACCUAUCCAGAAUUGUGCUUCAGCUCCCUAUCUAGCUAUGCAAACGAAAUCCAAACCAGCCCCAAAGUAUUAGCCAGCACUGCCCUCUCUGUGGCACUCACAACCACCCGCUCUACUUCAGAAACAAUAGCAAAGCUGUACAAAAGCCAAGGGUUAAAGCCUAAAGAGGCUGCAGCCUUGAGCGACUGUGUGGAAGAACUAAGUGACUCUGUGGAUGAGCUCGAAAAUUCCAUUAAAGAAAUGGGCAAUGCAGGUGGAAAAAGUUUUGGGCUCCAAAUGAAUGAUAUUCAAACAUGGGUGAGUUCAUCUUUGACAGAUCAGGAUACUUGCUUGGAUGGGUUAACUACGAAUGGGAAUGUCAAGAACACAGUGAGGAAUCAAAUUGUGAAUGUUGCACAAAUGACAAGUAAUGCCUUAGCUCUUAUCAACAGCUACGCUGCAACCAAAAACCUCAACUAAUUAAAGUGAGAUCUUAGCUUCAAUUGUCUUGGGUUCAAAAUUAUUCUGACUAAUGUUAUGGUAUGAAUCACUUUGUUUAGGGGCCAGUAAAUUUGCACAGAAAGUGCAAAAUUGAGGGAAUUACAGAGGAUUGGUAGGCCUUUGAGUUAGUAAUUGUAAUUGUAAUGUGGGUUUUGAUUAUAUAUUUGUAUUCUAUUGUCAAAGUGUA